AUGAUCAGCGAAGGCGACGUCGAUGGCAAUGGCACCAUAGAAUUUGCAGAGUUCUUGGGCCUAAUGGCCCACAAAAUGAAGGAUAUUGAUUCGGAGGAGGAACUAAAAGAGGCUUUCAAAGUGUUCGACAAGGACCAAAAUGGCUACAUCUCGGAGGCUGAGCUAAGGAACGUGAUGAUGAGUCUGGGAGAGAAACUAACCGAUGAAGAGGUAGCUCAGAUGAUCAGGGAGGCAGACUUGGAUGGCGAUGGUCAGGUCAACUUCGAGGAUUUCGUGCAGAUGAUGUCUGCCUGACCAUUGUAUAGAACGAGAGGCAUUCAUCAGUUCAUUUUAGCGCUCUGUCCCAAAAUGGUUGA